CGCAGCCAGUCGUCGUCAGUCUCCACAGUUUCUGUAGUAGCAUCCCUUGCUGUAGAUGGCGGAGAAGAACAACAACAGGAGCCGGGUGCUGGUGAUCGGCGGCACGGGCUACAUUGGCCGCCCCAUCGUCGCCGCCAGCGCCCGCGAGGGCCACCGGACCUCCGUCCUCGUCCGCGACGCCGCGCCCGCCGACGAAGCCAAGGCCGCCGUCCUCCAGGGCUUCCGGGAUGCCGGCGUCACCCUCGUCAAGGGUGAUAUUUAUGAUCAUGAGAGCUUGGUCGCAGCCAUCAAAUCCGCAGAUGUUGUGAUCUCAGCCGUGGCUCACGCACAACACGCAGAUCAAACCCGCAUUAUCGCGGCAAUCAAGGAAGCUGGGAAUGUAAAGAGAUUCGUACCGUCAGAGUUUGGUAACGAUGUGGAUCAUGUAAAUGCUGUUGAGCCUGCAAAAUCACUAUACGCCGGCAAAGCUGUUAUAAGGCGUGUCAUUGAGGCUGAGGGGAUUCCCUACACAUAUGUCUCUUCCAACUUCUUUGCUGGUUAUUUCUUGCCAAACAUUGGACAGGCUGGUGUGACUGGUCUCCCAACUGAUAAAGUUGUCAUUCUAGGUGAUGGCAAUGUAAAAGGAAUCUUUGCCGUGGAGGACGAUGUGGGCACCUACACUAUUAAAGCUGUAGAUGAUCCAAGAACCCUGAACAAGACCCUGUAUCUGAGGCCACCAAGCAACACUUUGUCGCAUAACGAGCUUGUCUCACUCUGGGAGAAGAAAGUUGGCAAGACAUUCGAGAGGGUGUACAUCCCAGAAGAAAAAGUCCUGAAGAAGAUUCAAGAGUCUCCGAUGCCGCUCAACAUCUUACUGUCAAUCGGCCACUCCGUGUGGGUGAAGGGAGACCACACAAACUUUGAGAUUGAUCCAUCGUCUGGAGUUGAAGCCACUGAGCUUUACCCCCAAAUGAAGUACACUACUGUGGAUGAAUACCUGAACAGGUUCCUUUGAUCCUAGGAUGUCGUAUCGGCAUAAACAUUGGAGGCUAUGUCUUUUAGUCGGAAUAUGUUUUUGCAAUCUUAUAGCUCUAUGACUCUCCCCUCCCCUCUUGUUCCUCCUUUAUUUUCCGUGUUUCGUGUGUACUCUUCGGGUCGAUUCUCCCAACUCUCUUUUGGUAAUAAAUAGCUUGUCGCGACUGUUUUGCUAAAAGAAAUAAAUGAAAUCAGAAUAUGUGAGAUCUUGGUCGUGUGA